AUGGCCCGCAUUUACGCCAAAGCCGAGAGAGUAGUCAUAUGGCUUGGUACCACACAGGCUGAUUCCCUGACGUCAGAGAUUGCAAUGGAAGAAUUUGGAGACCCAGGGGGGCUUGCGAAGAUCUCACGGAUGAUAACAGAGAAGGACCAGAUAUGGAAAUGGGCCAGUCUGUUGGACUUGAUGAACAACACCUAUUGGAAGCGAAUGUGGGUAAUACAAGAAUUAGUAGUUGCAAAUGACGUUAUCAUCCAAUGCGGCAAUUCCAAGAUGCACUUUGGGUUGUUUCGAGAUGCUGUAGCGCUUUUUUCUGCGUCUUUCGAGACAUUGAGACCAAAGUUGAUGCAACAUCUGGAGGGACUGCAUCAGGAUAAGAAACACUGGGCACUUGACCCAGACCUGGAGAUCGGCAAUAUUGCUGCGACCCAGGCGGUCGACGCUUUGAGCACGUUCCGCAGAAAUCAGGAUGGUACAUUGCAACAAACCAAGAGCCUGGAAACGCUACUUUGCCUUUUUCAAGACCGCAUCGCUUCGGACCCAAGGGAUAAGGUAUACGCCUUACUCGCCCUGGCAAAGGACGGGUCUUAUUUCAACCCGAAUUACUCGAAAAGCGUCUUUUCGGUAUACAAACAAUUUGUCCAGCACUCCAUCAACACCACUCAGUCGUUGGACAUUAUAUGCCAUCGAUGGGCACGUCAGCCUUCGCCAUCCGGUUCGGAAUCCAGAUCAACUUCAAGAUUACCUUCGUGGAUGCUGCCCGAUGAUGAGUACGAAUACGGUUCACGCAAGGGAGAAGGUAAUCUACUCCGGAGUCGGAAGGCAAGCGAUACUUUCGUUGGCAUCCUAGACAAGAAAUCUUACACUGCUUGUGGUGCAGGAAGUCGCCGAAAACAUCCAGCUGUCGUAUUCCCUGGUACCACAAUGGUAGAUGGCCAGAUGACGGAAAGCACAUGCCUGAUGGCACGUGGUACAGCGAUCGGGUCAAUUACGUUUUGCACUCAAUCUAUGACUGAUUGUGUCAUACCAGGAGCUUGCUUCGAGAAAUUGGGCUUUUCACGCGGGACACGCAACAAGGACAACGCCAGGCUUCAGGAUCGUGUCUGGCGUACGCUUGUUGCCGACCGCGGCCCCGACAACACAACAUGUCCUUCGUGGUAUCCCCGAGCUGCUCAGCAUUGCCUGGAAGGUUGGCUUUGCAACGGACACCUCAACACGGACAGGGCAAUAUACGAGACAGUUAGCUACGCGACGCCCUAUCUUGCACGAGUUCGCAACGUGAUCCGAGAUAGAACCUUCUUCGAACUCAAAUCGAAUAUCCCAGACAGCAAGGAACACAGUACACUCUUCGGCCUUGGCCCAUCGCACGCAAGCGAGGGCGACCUGAUAGUCAUUCUGCACGGCUGCAGUGUGCCAGUGGUCAUCCGCCCAGUCCACAUCGUUUCCGGUUCACAGGGCUACCGAUUUAUCGGCGAAGCGUUCGUGUAUGGCAGGAUGGAAGGAGAAAUUUUCGACACAGAUUAUGAAGAGGUUAUGUACACAUUGGUAUAA